AUGUGUGCAAAACAGUUGUUGUAUCUCUCCUUCUGUCCUGAGCUAUUCACCUCUCCUAUAUCCUCGUAUCACGCCUUCACUAUCACACUUUUCUUUCCUUGUUUAUUUAAAUGUAUUGUGGUGUGCCCUUUUGAGCGGCUUUCAAUAGAACCCUCCACACUCCACGCUGGCGUUCUCACAUUCCUUCACUCUUGUGCUGAGAAUGUCGAUCAGAGUCUGCCAUAUUGUUACGCCGUCCUCCAUCCCUAUGCCUUAUCAGAGUCUCCCUCUUGCACCGUAGGAUCCGUCUGCUUUCUCCCUGGUUCACGUAUUUCAUUCGAUCCCUGCCAGCCCAUCUUUGCUAUUGAGGCGUUAUUUCCCACACUGCGUCUGAGUGACUAA